AUAAAACUACUUAUAUAAUAUAGAUACAGUAAUUCUGUCCAGGUACGAAGACAGGAGAGCUUGCACAUUCGCCAUGAAUCCUGACAUCUGUAGAGAACGGGAAAAUGCAACGUUCAACGCGGAGAGUCUCACGUAUAUACUGGACGGAGGUCCUGAGAAGACCCGUAGGAGAAGAGAAAUAGAGUCUCUGGUGGUCAAUGACCCUGACUUCCAACACGAGGACCUCAACUUUUUGUCCCGGAGUGAAAGGUAUGAGGCUGCAGUGAAGAAGAGCGCCCAGAUGAUUCUGAAGCUGCGUGAAUAUGGCAUCUCUGACCCAGAGGAGAUCUACUUCUACAAGAGCACCAUGAACAGAAAUCAGCAUGAGGCCAUGGGCCUUCACUUCGUCAUGUUCUUGCCCACCCUGUACAGCCAAUGUGAUGCAGAGCAGCGCAAGAAGUGGCUCCCGCUAGCCGAGUCCUUCAAGGCAAUCGGCACCUACGCCCAGACUGAGAUGGGGCACGGGACGCACAUCCGUGCUCUUGAAACCACCUCUACCUAUGAUCCCUCAACUCAGGAGUUUGUAUUAAACAGUCCCACUGUCACCUCCAUCAAAUGGUGGCCAGGAGGACUGGGUAAAACAGCCAAUCAUGCAAUUGUGCUGGCACAGCUGUAUACACAGGGGAAGUGUCACGGCCUCCAUGCUUUCAUCGUCCAGACCCGUUGCAUGAAAACACACAUGCCGCUGCCAGGUGUGGUGGUUGGUGACAUUGGACCUAAAUUUGGGUUCGAUGAAGUUGAUAAUGGUUUUCUGAAACUAGAAAACGUCCGGAUUCCCCGGACGAACAUGCUAAUGAAGUACGCUCAGGUGCAGCCAGAUGGGACGUACGUUAAGCCUCCCAGUGAUAAACUGACGUACGGCACUAUGGUCUUCAUCCGUUCCAUGAUCGUGGGCGAGUCGUCCCGAGCCCUGUCCAAGGCCUGUACCAUCGCCAUCCGCUACAGCGCCGUCCGGCACCAGUCUGAGAUACGGCCCGGAGAGCCGGAGCCACAGAUCUUAGACUAUCAGACUCAGCAGUAUAAGCUGUUUCCCCUGUUGGCUACAGCCUAUGCCUUCCGCUUCGUGGGCCAGUACAUGAGCCAAACCUACCACCGCAUUACCGGUGACAUUAACCAAGGAGACUUCAGCGAGCUUCCUGAGCUCCAUGCCCUGUCCGCCGGGCUGAAGGCUUUCACCACCUGGGUGGCCAGCGCGGGUAUCGAGGUGUGUCGCAUGGCGUGUGGCGGACACGGAUACUCACGCUGCAGCAGCCUCCCCGACAUCUACGUCACCUUCACCCCGACCUGCACCUACGAAGGCGAGAACACGGUCAUGAUGCUGCAGACCGCCAGGUAUCUAGUGAAGAGCUACAGACAGGCGAGUGAGGGACAGCGGCUGAGUGGAAUAGUCUCUUACCUGAAUGAGUCUCAGAGCCGCGUUCAACCCCAGCCUGUGUCUGCCCGCCCCACCGUCACCAACAUCAACGACCUGGCCAGCCUGGUGGAGGCCUACAAACUCCGCGCAGCCAAACUGGUGGAGUUGGCGGCUAAGAGCCUGCAGGGGGAGAUGCAGCGCAGUAAGAGCCCAGAGGACGCAUGGAACAACACAUCAAUCGACCUUGUCCGCGCCUCCGACGCCCACUGUCACUAUGUGGUGGUGAAACUCUUUACUGCUAAAUUGAGUGAGGUGAAAGACACAGCCAUCCACUCUGUUCUCAGCACGCUGGCCUUGCUAUACGCCCUGCAUGGAGUCUCAAUUCAUUCCGGAGACUUCCUCCAGGCUGGUCUCCUGACUGUUCCCCAGCUGUCUCAGAUCUCCCAGCGACUCAAGGGUCUCCUCUCUGAGCUGCGGCCGAACGCCGUGGCCCUGGUGGACGCCUUUGACUACAGGGACGAGAUGCUCAACUCCUCGCUGGGCCGCUACGAUGGCAACGUCUACGAGCACAUGUUUGAGUGGGCCCGCAAGUCCCCCCUGAACCGAACAGAGGUUCACGAAUCAUACCACAAGUACUUGAAACCGCUGCAGUCCAAGCUGUGAAUGAUGAAUCCGUUGAGAACAAAUUCAGGAGAACUAACAACGUUAAUUUGCCGCGGGACAUCAAUCGUUAGACUUACAAUACCUACAAUCAGAGGGGCCGUUUAGUCACAUGAUCAAUAAUAAUCCUUCUGCAAGUCUGAUGUAAACACGACUUGGGUAGUGUUAUAUGCUAAUUUGUGGCGGCCUGUUAAGUUGCACAGGCUACAUCUUUCUUCUCCUCCUACGCAGACAUGCUGCUUUUUGAGAGUAAAUAAUCAGAAAUUAGAUCACUUUGAUCUCUGCCUUGUUUCUAUACUACUUUUCUACAAAGAAGAGGGUAACUAGUAAAGAGCAAUAGCGAAUUCAUGUUUUACAGACUGUUAAGGCUCUUCUUUUACUCUGGGCAGUGUGAAUGAUAUAUCAUAACUGAUAAAUGCUAUGCAGGUAUUGAAUCUACCACAAGUACUGUGAGAAAGUUAUCUCGUGAGUCAGAUGAAUCUGAAAUCAACCCAGUCAGUUUUCAUAUUUACACAGCUUGUUCAUGAGAAAGUCAUGUGAGAACAAUUCCAAAAUGGAAUAACAGUGGAAUCUCCUGAUGUUAUUACUGAUAUUAAGGUUAUAGGGAAGGCAAUUUGUGAACAGAUAUGAGCGUACUCUAACUUUCAGUGAUUUUCAUGCCCGAGUCAAAACUGAGGCAACUCAACCAUUUUUGCACAAAUCAUACAUUUAGUCUGUGUAAGAGGGCUACAGUUUGAGUAGUGCGGGAAAAUGAGAGUAAUAUUUUAGGGCCCUUAUGUGAGGGGAUCAGACUUUUCUGUAAGUAUGAAUCAUGACUGAUUGUAUUCAAACAAACUGUAAACCUUAACUUCAAUUAUACUGUCUGCAAAAUCAUGCCUUUCUGGAAAUUUAUAAUGGACAAUAUUCACUUAUGGUCCAAUAGUAUUUGUUUGCUGCUUUUUGUUCGUUUGUUUUGUUUUUCUCCAAAAGUUUAACACAAUAAUAACAAUGUUUUUUGUUGUGUCAUGCAUAUUGACUUGACAUGUCUAUGAUUUUUGAAACUGUCUGAUUUCAUUAACCUUUAGUGAAUGAGAGGGGAUUUAGAAUACACAGAGAUUAAGAGGUGAAAUCAACAUUGUUUUGUCAGUACUGAACUGCCUUAAUGAUUGGACUAUACGUUGUUCUAUUCAUGCCUUCCUUGCGCGUCUGGCAGUCUUUAAUUUUUCACUCUCGACCCAUGCAAUUGUAAAAUUUAGCCACUAGAGGUCAGGAUUUGAUUAAAAAAUGUUAGUACCUCACUAAACAAUAAAGAUUGCUCGUUUGUC